AUACUGUUUCUAAAAAGCAUGGCGUUUAUAAGGUUAGGAGACCAUCAUCGUGUCGGUACCAUCCGUAUAAUGGUUCCUAUCAAUCCUAUCAACAGCCUGGUGUGUGCAGUUCCUAUCGAACCAUGCCCCCCAUAAUGCAACAUCCUCCUCAAUCGUACCCAGUACCCAGUACCCAGACUCCUUCUAGCUACUAUGGCCCUUCAGGGUCAACUACCAACCUGGCCCCCAGAACAUACGCGCAGCAAACUCUUCCUCCACUGAACUGCCAACUGCCUGUGUUUGCUCCCCCUGACCAUCCCACCCCAGCCUGCGUUCCACCUCCGGCCCCUAACUGCCAACUGCCUGUGUAUGCUCCCUCUGACUAUCCCACCCUAGCCUGCGUUCCACCUCCGGCCCCUAUCAAGGGUCAACUUCCAGCACCUACCAUCGACGUACCUGCCUAUUCCGAGGUACCGCCUCCGGUAGUUGUUUUAGAGGAGUUACCAGGUCUGGCCCCGGAGGAGGUGGAGAUGAUCUUUCGAGUAUGGGAUGAAGCUGAUGCUAGAGAGCCACCAAUACCAGCAACGGGCUCUGCCCAGUCUGGUACAAUGCCGGUAGUGGUCUCAGAGGAGUUACCAGUUCUGGACCCGGAGGAGGUGGAGAUGCUCUUUCGAGUAUGUAAUGAAGCUGAUGCUAGAGAGCCACCAAUACCAGCAACGGACUCUGCCCAGUCUGGUACAAAGCCGGGAGUGGUUAGGAGACCAUCAUCGUGUCGGUACCAUCCGUAUAAUGGUUCCUAUCAAUCCUAUCAACAGCCUGGUGUGUGCAGUUCCUAUCGAACCAUGCCCCCCAUAAUGCAACAUCCUCCUCAAAGAUCAUUAGAAGGCAAGCUUCUAAUCCGUAUCGGUCUGGCCGGAGCGGGGAAGGAUGAGAGAAUUGCAUACUUUGAUUAUGAAGAUAGUGAUGCUAGAGGAGACACCAAUCCAGCAACGGGCAAUGAAUCUAAGCCCAGUAGUAGGUACAAUGCGGAGAUCGACACCAGGGACGUGUGCGAAGGUACGACAACAGCAAUGACAGAACACGAAUGA